UCUGAAAAUCUUUGGAAAAUUUCACUAAUUUAUAGAUUGACAAAAAUGGCAUUAGGGAAGAAGAGAAUCGUUACCCAGAAGUCGAAUUUGAGGCAACGUCGUGAUGUGGGUGAUGGAGGAUUAGGGUUAGGGUUAGAGUUUGUACAGUACAAGAGAGGAUUUGGGAGAAAGAGGAUUCUAAUUUCAUCAGGUGAUGAGAUUGAGGAGGAUUCGAUUUUCACUUCACCUGUUGGUAAAAAGCUUUGCGAUAAAACUACAUCGGUUGCUGAUGGUCAAAGUCGAGAGCUUGAAGAUCUUCCGCUAGAUAUUCUGGUGAGGAUUAUCUGUGGGGUCGAGCAUGAAGACUUGAAACAAUUGUUUCAUGUUUCAAAGACAAUAAGAGAAGCUACAUUGAUCGCAAAGCAGUCGCAUUUCGCGUAUAAUACACCUCGGAAAACAUCGGUUUUCCACCAUCACCAUGGCAGAUUCGGUUGGGACAAACCUUUUGAUGUAGAGGAUGAUGAUAAAGAGAUUGAAGCUCCAGGUGCACCAUUGCAGAAAAGGUACCGCCUUUCGAGGAUAAACCGCAACAAGGACGAUUCUGGAGUCUCGGUGGCUCUGUUCAACUGAAUCAAACAACUUGGUUUGAGGCUAAUACUAUGAACUUGGUUUCUUCAAGAUUCUUAAUUGAAGAGGAGGGGUUUUAAAGUUAUGUAUUUGGGUUUUUGGUUUGGAUAGGUCUCUGUAAAUUGUUGUUAGAUACAAAAAGAAAGAUAGGGUUUUGGAAAGGCUUAGCUUGUUUAGAAGAAACUCUUUGGGAGGGUACUAAAUCUUUUUGUAUGUUGUGUAGUGUGAAUAUAGUUUAUUUGGUUUU